CAAGUCCCGCGCCGACGGCCUUUAACUGCGCUGUCUCGUCCGUUCCUGAACCAGAGCCAGAACAGGAACCAACAACCGCCGUACCGCCGUCCUUUCCAAUCAAGCAGUAACCCGCCCUCCAUACCUACCAACCCACUGGGAAGACAGCACCAACACACCAUGGUCGAGCUCCCGCAAGUCAGCAGUCCAGCCCGCUUUGAGGAGACCCUCAUAACAGGCGGCCCCAGCCUCAACUUGGAGGGGCUGGGGAUGAAGCCCACCGCAGCGACGCCCCGGACGCUUCCGGACAACACAGCGAAAUUCCAUACCUCCCAUGGCGACCAUCUGCCGCAGGGCAUUCUCGAGACAGAAGAAGAAAAAAAGCGCCACUGGUUUGUCGGCAGUAUCGACCAGGGCACCACAUCGUCGCGGUUCCUCAUCUUCAAUGGCGAGGGCGAUCCGGUCGCGAGCCACCAAAUAGAGUUUGAGAAUCUGUACCCCAGGUCAGGAUGGCACGAACAUGACCCGCUCGAACUUCUUCGCUCCGUCGAACAAUGUAUCGAGGAGGCUAUGCGCAAAUUUGUCGAUCUCGGCUACUCCAAGUCAGACAUCCGGUCCAUCGGCAUCACCAACCAGCGCGAGACAACGGUGGUUUGGGACAGCACAACCGGCGAGCCGCUCCACAAUGCCAUUGUCUGGCCAGACACGCGGACAAAAGCGCUUGUGCGGGAGCUCAAGUCGCGAGAGUCAGCAGAUAGCCUCACAGAGCUCUGCGGCCUGCCUCUCUCGACAUACCCCAGCAGCGUCAAGCUCCUUUGGCUCCUGCAGAACGUCGACUCGGUCAAGCAAGCGUACGAGGAAGGCCGCCUGGCCUUCGGUACCGUAGAUUCGUGGCUCAUUUACAAGCUCAAUGGCGGCGCGAAGGCCGAGAAGCCCGUCCACGUCACCGACACCACCAAUGCCAGCAGGACCAUGUUCAUGAACCUGCGCACCCUGCAAUACGACGACAAGCUCCUGGGCUUCUUUGGCAUCGACAAGACCAAAGUUCACCUACCCAAGAUCGUGCCGUCUUCAGACCCAGAGGCCUUUGGGAAGGUGGCGAGUGGCACCUUGAUAAACGUGCCCAUCGCCGGGUGUUUGGGGGACCAGUCCAGUGCAUUGGUCGGCCAGUGCGGCUUCAGUGCGGGGCAGGCGAAGAACACGUACGGCACAGGAUGCUUCCUGCUGUACAAUGUGGGCACCGAACCCGUCAUCUCCAAGUACGGCCUCCUCGCCACCGUGGCUUACGACUUUGGCGGCGGCAAGAAACCCGUGUAUGCACUGGAGGGCAGCAUCGCCGUCGCUGGAGCCGGCGUCAAGUUUCUCAUGAACAACCUCGGCUUCGCGGACAAGUCGAGCGAGAUCACCGCUCUGGCGGAAUCAGUUCCCGAUAACGGUGGCGUCGUCUUUGUCACAGCAUUCAGUGGGCUCUUUGCUCCGUACUGGAUAGACGACGCCAAGGGAACUCUAUUCGGCAUCACCCAACACACCACCAAAGCCCACAUCGCCCGCGCCACCCUUGAAGCAACCUGCUACCAGACGCGCGCCAUCCUCGAGGCGAUGGAAAAGGACUCGAACCAUAAGCUCGAGUCGCUCGCCGUCGACGGCGGCCUCUCCAACUCGGAUCUGUGCAUGCAGACGCAGGCCGACAUCAGCGGUAUCCCGAUCAACCGUCCGGGCAUGCGCGAGACCACGGCCCUGGGCGCCGCCAUCGCUGCCGGCCUCGCCACGGGUGUUUGGAGGGCGCUGGAAGACCUCACGGAAGUCAACAAGAAUGGUCGCAAGGUUUUCCAGCCGCAGAUGGAGAGGGAAAAGGCUGAGAAAAUGUUUAAGAAAUGGGAGCAAGCUGUUGAGAUGAGCAGGGGUUGGGUUAAUGAUCAUUAG